AUGCGUCUCAUCCACACAAAAACAUUCCAGCUGGAAGAAUUCUACGGCCAGCCUCCAGAAUAUGCAAUCAUCUCACACACAUGGGGUCCCGAAGAAGCCACAUUCCAAGACUGGCAGGGCAACCUCGAGCUCAUGAAGCUCAAAAAAGGCCAUCAGAAGAUCCGUCGCGUCUGCGAACAAGCUCGCAAAGAUGGCCUCAUGUAUCUCUGGUGCGACACCAACUGCAUCGACAAGAGCUCCUCGUCUGAAGUCUCUGAGGCGUUGAAUGCCAUGUUUACCUGGUACAAGAAUGCCCAGGUUUGUUACGUUUACCUCUCGGAUGUGCCGCCAUUGGAUAAUGGGGCUUUUGAUCCUAUGGAGCAUUUUAGGAAGAGUAGGUGGUUUACGAGAGGGUGGACUCUGCCUGAGUUGUUGGCGCCUACGAAUGUGGUUUUCUUUGCAAAGGAUUGGAGUCCUAUUGGUACGAGAAAGACUCUUGCCAAUACUAUUUCUUUCGUUACAAAGAUCGAUCAGCAGUAUCUGGACUGUACCUUUUACAAGGCCAGUAUUGGAGAGCGUAUGUCGUGGUUGGCCAAGCGAGAGACGGAACGAACCGAGGAUAUCGCCUACUGCAUGUUGGGUAUUUUCGACAUCAACAUGCAAAUUGUCUACGGCGAGGGAAUGAGAGCUUUCAUCCGUCUUCAGGAAGAAAUCAUCAAGGUCUCCAACGAUCAGACCCUCUUCUGCUGGGCCUGGGACGACCGAUAUGUCCCAGCGGAAUGGGCCAGUAUUCUGUCCCCUUCACCAAGGACCUUCCUCGACUCAAGCACAUAUACCGAAUGGCCCGUCCACGAAGCAAAGACAUACACCAUGACAAACGCCGGUCUCUCCAUUAAGCUUCCCGUCAUGAACACCAUCACCGAGUCAGUCGAGCAAUGGCUCGUUCUUCUCAAUGCUCGACGAGAUAACGAGAACCAGCAAGUUGCUCUUCUUCUUAACAGACUUCCCGGAAAGGACCGUUGCACUCGAAACCGCACACCACCGUGCCCAGUUCCCGUCUUGACAGGUUCUACGAAACUCCGUGAAGAACAGAUGUACAUCGCUGGUAGUCGCGAGCGCGCAUCCAUUCAACCAGACUUCCACGGCCACGGCACCUACGAGAUUCUCAUCACACUCGAUAGUGGUACAAUUCCCUACGACAGCAUCAACUCCUCUCCCCGUCUCGACUCCAGCACAAUUAGUCUUCAACAAUGGGACCAGGAUGGUCAUUACGGUUGCGUGCUUGCCAUCCAAGGCAUGCAAAGCAUCAAGAAGAACGACCGUCGCGCCUCCGUCUUCAUCGCUACUCUCGUCUUCGGCGUAGAAGUAAAAGCCGGCAAGACGGAAUGGUUCUGCAAAAUCCGCGGCAUUCAAGAAUCAUCCUCCGCCUUCUCUUCCAACACCCUCGAAGACGCAGUAUACGAAGAAGAACAAGAAAUUCGCUCUCAACUACGUCGCACAGGACACUGGCUUGCUAUCUUCGACCAAGAUGAGAGUACAUCUACCGAUACUGUCCGCAAGCACGAGAUUGAUCUCUUGACGAGUAUCUCUUUAAGUCACGGCGUGAGAAUCGCGUCGAAUUCUCAGAUGGCUGUUGCGCACUUGCAGCUGGCGCAUAUUGUGCGUCCAGCUGAGGUUGCGCCUUGGGAUGAUGGAAAGAGGUUUAGAACGGCAGAUGGAACGAAGGAUUUGUCUGGGUGGUUGAGUUCUUUGCAGUAA